ACAGUGGGGAUCUAGGCAGAGCCCAGAGAUGAGCUGAGUGAUUCUGCUCAUGAGUCAGCACAAGGCUGCACAGUACAGAAGGAAACUCAAGAUGCUUCUCCAUUUUCGUUAAUAUAAUCCCCAGCAGAAGUAGUAAAUUCCAAGGGAAAAUACUUAGAAGGAUUGGAGCGAGCCCAAGGAGACAAGGGGAGAGCAGUGAGGUAUUUGAGGAAAUGGUGGAAGAGGGCCUAAGGGGAUGAGGUGUAUCAGAGAAACAUGGAAGGACAUGUCGGUAUGAACUGGGCAAGGACAGGUUAUUUUACCAAGAAGGUGUAACAGCAUUAAUAGCCUAAAGCAGGCCCAACGUCGUAGGAUCCUCAGGUCCUGACCUGAGUAUAGACACACCUGGUCCAAGACCCCAGCACAGAGGUACCUUCUCAUAGCUGAUGUUCUCAAGUUCAACCCUAUACAGACCCAUCAGCACCCCCUGUCUUAAUCAUUCACUUCCUUGUCAUCUUUCACACGCAUCUAAGUUCUCUAAUCUGUUUUUGUCCCAACCAAAGAGUGAUAAUUCCUCUGAUUACCAAAGUGCUGCAUUAGUUGUCCCUAUGUUUUAAUGUUAUGUAAAUAGGAGUGCACAACACAUGCUCUACGUCUACUUCUUUUCACUCUCUGUACCUGUGCUUGUAAUCAUCAUCCAUGUUAUAUGUGACUGUAGUUCAUUCAUUCUUGGCAUAUAGAUAGUGUCUUUAUUGAUUAUACUUUUAUGAGCAUUUGGGUUACAUUUCAGUCUAGGGUUACUCUAAAAGGAGAUACUCUGAAAAUUCUAUUACAUGUUUUUGCUAUAUGGACAUAUGUGUUUCAUGAAUGCCUCUGAGUUAAAGUGCUAGGCUUUAGUGUCCCUAUUCUAUCUCAACUCUUUAGACCUCAAUCUUUCAAGAUUUUACUUUGUAAUGCAAUCACAUGUUGCUCUACAUUUAUUCUUGCACACUCUUUCCUGCGCCCUCAUUUACUUUGGAAUCAAACAGUUCUCUAUUCUGAAAACUCAUAUUCUUUCUCUUAUAGCCAUUGAUUCUCAUAUCCUUCUGUUCUUUCACUGUUACUUUAGAUUUCACAGAUACAUUAAUUCCACUAGUCUCAAAGAGAGUACUCCCAAUAAUUCUGUUGCACAUCUAAGCCACCUAACAACAUGUGAAACACGCACACACAAAUCCAUAAUCGUAAGACAUGCAGUCUGCACACAGAUACGUGCUGACCUAAAACACAGACAGAAAGCACACAUAACAUUCUCAUGCACACAGGACUCACUCCACAUUCAACUGUGCAAACACCAGAUCAGUCACACAUUAAACCCUAACCUAGUUUAAAUCAUCAGGUUAAGAAUUUAUGCACAUAACACACAUGACAUUCAUCACACCAUUCUGCCACAAUGUGCGCACGAUGAACAUACCUGACACAUUCAUUGGAGAUGAAGGUCAUUUUAAUUCACUGAGGAAAAGUGAGCUUGGUCAGCAAAACAAAGACAGUGACUAAUAAUAUAAAAUAAAUUCUGCAAAGAUAAAAAUUCACCAAUUGUUUCAUGUGAGGUUGUAAAUAUAGGAGGGGGAGUGCAAAGGGCACACCCACACACAAAAAAAUGGUAGAGGAAAGCAACUGGUACCAAAAGUCUUAAGCAAGGUGAAUGAGUGUGAGGAGCCUGGACUACAGGGUCCAGAGAGUAACCCGGAAAGCUGUAAUAGGCCCAUUCUCUGUCCAAGCCAAAGGUAAAUGUUUAGGGCAAAAUGAGUAUUUCCAUGAGGGAGGGAAAGUGGGGAUAGUACAUUAGGAGGAAGAGUAGGAGGGAACAGAAUGGAACCAGCUGCUCUGUUACUUCGCUCCAUUUUCCAGGAGUCUCAAAGCUCCAGGCAUCGGGUGCACCGCCUUGGUAUUUGGAAGAUGAAACUGUGGGUCCCGAGAAAAAUAAUGGACCCUGUGAAUCCGAAUACUACACAUCUGACUCCUCUCUUGACUCAGCCUCUUGUGCGGAGAUCUUCAAGAAACAAAAGCAUAUUGGAGAGCCUGGUAAUCUUCCCCAGAAGGAAUUAGAAAAUACCUCUACCUCAGAUUACCCCUCCUCUCUCUCUGACUACGAGAAUAGCGAAGUCACCGAGUUACCUGAAGAUGUUCCUCGUGUUGGGGCCCUUGAGAUGACUCCACCCCAGGUCUGGGAGGAGCGGGAAGCUUCCUCCUCCUCCUCCUCCUCUCCCUCCUCCUCCUCCUCCUCCGCCUCCUCCUCUCCCUCCUCCUCCGCCUCUUCCUCUCCCUCCUCCUCCGCCUCCUCCUCUACCUCCUCUCCAGUCCCUGUGAGUCAGCAGGGUGAGUCCUCUCUGUUCCCACAACACACGGACACAGCACCCAUCAGGGAAAUUUAUUACCGGCGUGUCUUUCUGAAAAGAGACGUGACUGUCUGGUGGGGUGGGGUGGAAGUGUUGGAGCCUGCGACUAAAAAGACCAAACUGGUGCAGUGUGUUUUUUCUCAAGCUGCCCAAAAAACAUCUGGGGCCUUUUUAACACCAAAAAGCCAGAAUACUUUUCUGAGAAGACCCUCUUAUGUGUCUCCACCGAAACACCUCACUGACAUGGAGUGCAGCUCAGAUAACAACGCCCUGCAGGGGAGGGAGCCGGCUGCCAGUGCAGGGGAGCCUCCAGGCCAGAAGGAGGGCUCCAGGGCCAGGACACCCCAGGGGCUGGGGACCCUGGACAGUGGCUUCAGGUGCCUGGGCUGCUACCAGGUUUUCCACAGCUUGGAGGUCCUGCAGGCGCACGUGGAGAAUGCAGCCCGUGAGCGCUUCAGCUGCCACGUUUUCAACCGUGCCUUUGCUCAGAUGAUCAGCAAGUACAAGAAGAGAGCCCGAGAGCUGGGAGGAGAAAAUCAGGAUGAGAACGUUUCCCUGCCAGACCAAAAACGUUCUCGCAUUAAGACAUCCUUCUGCAAGUAAACAGACGUUUCAGGCCCCAGAAGAGUGAAAGUGAAGCAGACCAUCCUCUACUGAGCCUCCACUACUGGCCCUUUCAGCUCCUCUUUUUUGAAGGACUUGGCUGAUUUAGCUGUUACUUUAAUUGAUUAAGCAUCCUCACUAACCCUUUAAUAAAUCAUUUUGCCUCAAUUAGCCAGUCAUUUACUGUGG